CCAACAUACAUCCUUCGGUUUUGGAGGUAGAUACAAACAUAAUCAUUGCCUCUUACAAACCCUUGGUCUCCAAUCCAAAUUUGUGAAAUUGGGUUAAUGGAAGUUGCUAAUAAUGUCCCGGAUUGUAAGCAGCCAACCAUCAUGGUUACCAACGACGAUGGUAUCGAUGCUCCCGGUCUCCAGGCUCUAGUUCGUACACUAGUCUCCACCAAUCGGUACCGUGUGUGGGUCUGUGCCCCUGAUUCGGAGAAGUCAGCAGUCAGUCAUUCAAUCACUUGGCGCCAACCUGUCUCAGCAAAGCAAACCGAAAUUAGUGGAGCAACGGCUUUUGCUGUUUCUGGAACGCCUGCUGACUGUACUUCGCUGGGAAUCUCAAAGGCAUUAUUUCCUUCCGUGCCUGAUUUGGUAUUAAGCGGCAUAAAUAUGGGCAGCAACUGUGGUUAUCACACUGUCUACUCAGGGACGGUAGGAGGUGCUCGAGAGGCCUUUUUCUAUGGUGUACCAUCUGUCUCAAUAUCAUAUGAUUGGGUUGGGGGAAUAAGCAGUAUCAAUGACUUCACAUUGGCCGCUGAAGCUUGCUUACCCAUAAUAAACGCCAUUCUUCUCGAGAUCAACAACAAAACCUUUCCGAAAAAUUGUUUCCUGAAUGUAGAUUUGCCCACAAAUAUUCCGAAACAUAAGGGCUAUAAGCUGACUAAACAAGGAAAGAGUAUCGUCAAAAUGGGCUGGAAGCAAGUUUCAUCCAAUGCACAAGGAAACAAUAUCUCCAAUAUGUUAUCAACGAUGACUAAUGACCCAAAUUCUGUAGCAUUAAACACCGAUGCUAAAUCUGUUUCACAAGAAAAUUGUUUGUUCAUUAGAGAGGUGAAGGGAGGCGCGGUGGACGACGGGGAAACAGACUACCGUUUCGUUAAAGAAGGAUAUAUAACUGUCACUGCCCUUGGGGCGUUAAGUCAUGCGGAUAACGACUGCCAGACGUUUUUCAAAGAAUGGUUACCAGCAGUAGCUGAACAUGCUUCUUCAGCUUUGUGAUUACUUAUCUUUUUUGCAGGAGGUGUGAUAUCAUUCUUGGUGCUGCUGAAUAGCUUUCAUCGGUUCUAUUCGUAAUUAAAUCAUAUGUAUCCAUCCGUUUAACAUGGUUAGCAGAAUUCAUUCGAAACAUAGCGCGUGAUCGUGGUGUUUGCCCUUUUAGAUUCUGUGGCGAAAUAAGUUAAUAAAGAUAUAUGAAAUAAACGCUUGUCUAUCAAAUCGGCUUUUGACUUUACUGAUGUGGAUUAUAUUUUUGA